AUGUGCAAGUCCACUUUCCACUCAUUCCUCCAGGAGCUGCCUAAAUGCGAGCAUCACAUGCACUUGGAGGGUUCCCUCUCCCCUGAGGUUCUGUUCACAUUGGCCAAGCGCAACAACAUCACUCUGCCUCAGGACGACGAUGCUUUCCAAUCUCCCAAGACUCUCCUAGCACGUUAUGAUCGCUUCACCUCCCUGGAUGACUUCUUGCACUACUACUACAUUGGCAUGUCCGUUUUGAUCUCGGCUUCUGACUUUGAGGAUCUGGCUAUGGACUACUUCCGCCAUGCCGCAGCAGAUGGCGUGGCUCACGCAGAGGUCUUCUUCGACCCUCAAGCGCACAUCGAGCGUAGCAUCUCUUACAACACCGUUCUUGCUGGUUUCAGCGCAGCUCGCGCUCGUGCUCAGAAGGAGUUCGGCAUUACCAGCGAGCUGAUCUGCUGUUUCUUGCGUCACUUGCCUGUGCCUAACUGUGUUUCCAUGUUCAAGGACGCCGAUGUCCAGGCCAGUUUCAACAAUGGCUCGGUCGCCGGAAUCGGUCUCGACUCUAGCGAGAAGCCUUUCCCUCCUGCUCUGUUCGAAGAGAUCUACGCUGGAGCCAAGGAGCUCGGUAUCCGCCGCACUGCCCACGCUGGUGAAGAAGGCCCAUCCACUUUCAUCUCCGAUGCUCUGGACGUCCUUAAGGUUGAGCGCAUCGACCACGGCAUCCGCCUGAUUGAAGAUGAAGCUCUUCUCGAGAAAAUCGCCAAAGAUGGCACUAUGCUUUCCGUGUGCCCCUUGAGCAACGUGCUGUUGCGUUGUGUUAAGGAGGUCAAGGAAGUACCCAUCCGCAAGUUCUUGGACGCCGGCGUCAAGUUCAGCAUCAACAGUGAUGAUCCUGCUUACUUUGGUGGUUACCUCCUUGACAACUACUGCGCUGUGCACGAAGCUUUCAACUUGUCGGUUGCCGAGUGGACCAGUAUCUGCCGUGCUGGUAUCGAGGGCAGUUGGUGUUCUCAGGCCCGAAAGGAUGAGAUGCUGGCUCGUCUCGAUGAUGUCGUUCGUGUCUGGGCUCCUAAGCUUUCUGCUUAA